GUUCAGCCCAGUCCUUCUCUUCUUCUGAUCCAUGUGUUCCUUAACAACUUUAGUUUGCCUCUUGAUGGUUCUACAAACUUCCUAUGUGGUGUAUUCAGGUCAGUUUGCAAUCAUUCCACCCCCAAGCCCUGUUAUUGGAUUUCUUGGAGAAGAUGUAAUCUUGCCAUGCCAGCUAACAACUUUCAGUGUACCUGAAAGUAUGAAAUUCACUGUCCAUUGGACCUAUGACAAUUCUUCAGAAAAAAGUUAUGUGAAGUCCUAUGAUGGAAGCAAGAAGGUGGAAACGCAGGACAAGAGAUACCAAGGUCGAACAGAGCUCUUCCAUGCUGAGCUUAGUAAAGGGAACAUGUCUUUGAAUCUGAAAAACAGCCAGCUCUCUGACCAAGGACAGUACACCUGCAUGGUCUACCUUGAAAACUGGUAUGAUCAGGCAAUCAUUGAGCUGAAUGUGAUGGCAAAAGGGGAGGGCCCUUCCAUUUCCUUGGAGCUUUAUGAAGGCCAUGGAAUUGGCCUCACUUGCAACUCUAAGGGUUGGUAUCCAAAUCCCCAUACCCUCUGGCUGGACAGCAAAAGGAAAAAUCGAACUGAGAAAUCAGUCACCAUGAACACAGAAACACCAGAUGGGACCUUCAGCAUUUCCAGUUCCAUAACAAUAGAGCCAGGAGCUGACAGUGAGAUCUCUUGCAAAAUCGUCAGCAAUGUCUUACAACUAGAGAGUGAAUCCAGAAUCCUGAUCUCUGAUGCCUUUUAUCCUACCACCUCUGCCUGGCUCCUUCCCUUUAUCAUAAUUUUAUUGCUUAUCCUGGGCAUUAUUUCUUUUGCGGUUCAUAAGCUAAAAAAGAGCAAUCAGAAUGUAAUUCAGUCUGAAAACAAGAAGAAUACAAUGAAACUUGAGCAAGAAAAACUAAAAGGUAAAAUAGACUCAGAAAGACUUACAAGGCAAGCCUUCAUUGCUGAAUUGCAAGAGCGUUGUGGUAGACUCACGGUUGAACUUGAUUUCAGAAGAGCUCGGAGUUACGCAGCUGCUGUCACCUUGGAUUCACAUUUUAAACAUCCUGUGCUCACCAUCAGUGAGGAUCAAAAAACGGUCUUUGUUAAGCCUAGCAAGACUGAGCAAGAAAUUGCUCUUUCUGGAAAUCCUGUUGUAGUGGCAAAGGAGGCUUAUGCCUUUGGGAAGCACUAUUGGGAGGUGAAAGUAGAUGACUUGAUGGACUGGGAGUUAGGGGUGAUGACUGAAGCUCAGAGGGACAAAAAUAAAACUGAGACAUUUGAGAAGCCCCUGGAGAAAGAAAGCUGGACUCUAAAAAGUCUUGGGGGAGAUUUUUUUUCUAAUCAAAAUAAAAUUGAAAAGAAAGAAGUCCCCCAUUCACUGAUUGGCAUAUUCCUGGAUCAAGAAGAGCAAAACAUCACAUUUUAUAAUGCAAAUUUGAUGUUCCUUAUAAAAUCUAUUCCCAUUCAGUCAACUGGGAAGUUGUAUCCAUUUUUAAGUUUUGGGAAAGCUCAUGAAAUUGGCAAAGAGAAAUCACUACAGAUAGCCCAUAUCAGGGUACCUACUCCCUUUAAGAACCCUUUAGCAAAAGAUAUUAAUCAAAGCUUGCUAUCAGAGGAUGCCAUAAAUUCAUCCAGAGAAGGGACAAGGAGCAAUAAGGAAAAUAAAUCACUAAAGAAGAAAAAAAAUGAACUAAAAUAAUUUCCACAAACUCAAAUGUACUACAUUUGCCUUCCAAAUGAUAAAAAAAAUAAAAAACGGAUAUAUUAUGUGUCUAAGAAACAUGUAUUUUAAAAGAUCAAGAACAUAUAUUAAAUUGCAAAAGAUUAGAGGUUAUAUAUAAGGUAUUGCAAUAUAUAUUAAUAACCAAAGUUCGGAAGUUCAUACACUCCACAUACACUCCAAAUAAUAGAAAAAAUAUGAUUUUUUUGAUUUUAAAAAAACUUUGAAGAAGGAUAGAUUUUAAUUUUUGGAGAUAUGACUUCAAAAAAGACAGAUCUAAGAAGGAGGAACUACUCCCCCCCCAAAAAAAAAUUAAAUUCAAAUGUAUGAGAAUUCUUGAACUGGAAGAUGUUUGGCAAACAUUUUAUACAGAUGAAAGAGAUUUUGUAUAUUCUUUCAACAGGCAACAAUCAUAUUCAAUAAUAGACAUGUGUUGAAUAUCAAAAACUUUAAUUACCAGAGUUGGAAAAACAGAGAUUUGUUCAAUUUACCCUCAAAACAUAGAUUGAAGAUUUUUGGCUCUAUAUCUCUUUUUACAUCUCCAGCCUAUGUCCUUUACAUCCAUACAAAUGUAUAUAAUUUCCUUUUUAGUAUCAAAAUAACUCCCCCCCCCCUUUGAGAGAAAUAAAGGUUUUGCCUGUAU